ACCAUCAAAAAUUCGCUCAACCAUCACCGAGCGCAGCGGAAUUGAGGAUCAUAUCAAUUUGGAGAAGAAUUGAAUUGAAGGUUCCUUGUAUCUGGACGAAGCAGUUUAGUGAUGUUCUAUGGCGCGGCGGCGUGGGACCCGUGGCUGAUAGUGGCGCAAAUUGUGUGCCUUCAAUGUCUGUACUACCUCACCCUAGGGUUAUGCCUCUCGGUUCUCGUCGCUCCCCGCGUCUACAAGAUGAGCCUCGUCUAUUUCUUCGAUUUCGCCACUGUUACUGCUUCCGCCCCCACUGGAUGGUGCGUUAUCGCCUCCAUUUUUCUCACCUCUAUUGCCGGAGCUGGAGUUUUUGUUUAUAUAGUUGAGAGAACAAGGAAAUGCUUUGAUUUUUCCUCUACUGUUUACAUCAUACAUCUCUUCAUUUGCUUGUUGUAUGGAGGUUGGCCCUCAACUAUUACCUGGUGGGUUGUGAACAUUACUGGCUUAGCAGUGAUGGUACUGUUAGGUGAACAUUUGUGCAAGAAACGUGAGUUACGAGACAUUCCAGUUGGAAGAUACAGAUCAAUGCAUUAAGGAUGACUCUGUAAGAAAGCUUUUGCAAUGGGCAAAGGGCUCAUCUCAUUUGGAUCAUGGGAACUGGCUAAAUGAAUUUGACCUUUCUUCUAUCCAGUCUAGAGACAUCAAAUAUAUAUCUGAAGAUUCGAAUUUCGCUCCCAUCAUUUCCAUAAUUAAAUGGGCCAGCGUAUUGCAUUAGUUUGAUCUAUCCAUCGACAUUGCAUGAAUUUGACCUUUCUUCUAUCCAGUCCAUCCAUCGAUUAGAAAUACAUGGAAAUUGCUGAGUUUGAUAACUUUAAUGUGUAUCCAUUUUGUCUGAACACCCAAAUUCACUGGGAUUCAGACACAUUUCAAUCAAUAGAGCCAUUUAUAGGACAUUGAGACUGCACGGCUACUAUUUUGACGCUGUUGCUAUGUAAUAUUGUAAUUAUGCAAUGUGAGAACAUAUUCUUGUUUCAA